GAGAGGGUAGGUUGGGACUUAUGUAAUUUUUCACAGUUAUAAACUUCAUAGGCUGAGACAACUGCCUACAUCGUCCUUUUGAUCCGGCGAAAAUAAAAACAGAAUCAGUUCAUCCAUAUCUGACUUUACAUUUAACAUCAUGAGACUUUAUAAGGAUAUUUUUACAGAAAAGGAUGUGUUCACAGACGCUUUCAAAAUCGAACUAGUGGAUGAUCUGGUUUAUGUUGUGACUGGAAAAUUGAUUGAAUGUUCCACUGAAAUUGACGAGAGUGCCAUAGGUGGUAAUAAAUCUGCAGAAGAUACUGCUGAGGAUGUAAAAAGUGAUGCUAUCUUAAUUGGAAAUAUUAUCGAUGGUGCUAACCUCCAAGAAAUUCCAAGCAUUGCUUCAAAAUCCGACUUCAAGGCUGCAGUGAAAAAAUAUGCAGAUAAACUUGUGAAAAAGGUUUCUGAAACAGACGCAGAGCGUGGCAACUUUUUAAAGACGAACAUGUCAAAAGCUAUCGCACCUAUUUUAAAAGAUUUCAAAAAUCUACAAUUUUUUGCCACUGAUGGUGAUGAGUUGGAUUUGGAUGGAAUGAUUAUAGUGUAUGAACAGUUAGGUGAAUAUAAAGUGGGGACUGAAGUCAAAAUAACAGUAUUUAAGGAUGGAUUGUAUGACGAGAAAUGUUGACCUCCUAACACUUACUGGAAUUUCACAUGGAUAUGUCUUCUGAAUUGUAAAAUUCGCCGAUUUAUGUCUUGUACAUCUUUAAUAAAUAUCAACAAUGACUUUGUCUUUA